AUCUCAACCCUAUGUCAUUGGAGAAACUAAUUAUUGUUAUCAGCCAAACAAAUACUACUUCACGCCCGACUGGACUCACUAACUAAGCCAAAUUUUAGUGCUGAAACAAAAUUACACAGGUUAAAAGCAAAAUGAAGUAAAAUGUUGGUGCUCUUCCUAAUAUUAUUCACUUCUGUAGUCGCCGAGAGUAAUGAGAAUAAAUACCUCGAUCUCUUACCAGAAGAUGAGAAACUACAAUUCAUACAACAAGUAGCUAGACGUAUACUAAAAGACGUACAAAGUCAGGAGAAUAAAACCGAAGGGACAAGCAAAGAAAUCAACGAUGAACUGCUUAAAAAACACAACGAAUACGUCAAAGCUAUUUUAAAAGAAGAAUCAGAAUAUAUAAGAAGAAGGAAGAAUGAGAAAGAUAAAAUGGAUAAACCUGCUUCUGGAGAGGAUAACAAAGCUUUUGAUAGUGAGAAGAAAACUGUGCCUGAUGAUGAUGAUGCAGAACAAGUUGAUCUGACUUUGCGUAAUGAUAGGAGAGGUAACGCAAAUCCUUCAGAAGAUUAUAUCAAAGUUGAGAUCAUUACUGAUGAACCGCCUAUUAAAAAGAGAUCAAUUCAAGACGAUGGUCCUACUAAAAGUGAUGAGAGUGAUGAGACCACAGUAGAGGUUUUGGACAAAGUAAAAUCUGAGAGCAAAACUGAAAAUUUUAACUAUAGUACUGUUAAAACACCAACGCGAUCUACGACUGCAGAAACUAUUUUAAACUAUACAACUUUAACACCAGAAAUAUCUACAGACAAUAAAAGUUUGGAUGAAGAUAAAAAUAGUACUGAUACAACAAAAAGCGAGAAUAAAGUUACUGAAAAAGAGGAAUCUACGACUUUAAAAAAUGUAAUAGAUGCAGAAUUAACAAAAGGCAGAAGUUCUGGAGAAACAGAUACAGAAGGAGCUGUAAGUGACAUGGAGGAACCAUGGACAAGGAGAUCAGAUAACGAAAAAAAUAUAUCAGAAAUUAACAACACAACAGCUACUACUUCAGCUGUAGAACUAUUUGGUCUCAAAUCGGCAGAAAAGAACUUAGACGAAUCAAAUAGUGAAGAAACUAUAACUAAUCAAACUAAAACUGCUACAGAAAAAAGUGACGCAGAAAGUGCUAACAAUAUUUCAACUACAGUUCAAGAUAGUGAUGACCCGAAUGCACCUAAAAUGAGAGCUAGUAAUGACACAGAUACUAGCAAUGACGUUACAGCAACAGACAGUACUACAACAAUAACAUCUUCCGAUGAAAGAACAACAAAACCAGUGCCUAUAACAACCGAAAUAGACAAAGCCAAAACAAGCAAUUCACUAACAAGGGAAUCGUCCAUAAAAACUACAGUAACAAAAAUCUUAGUAGAAGAAUUCACUUCACCACCAGUUGAUAAAACAGAAAAGGUUAAUACGAAAAACGUUAAUGAUGAUAAAAAGGUGAUUCAGCAAAGAGCUUUAGAUCAUGCUAGAGAAUAUUCUCCUCAAGUCCUGGAAGGCGGCAAAUAUACUGAGACGGGAACACCAAAGAAUACUAAAAUCAAAUUGCAUAAGCUUGAUAAGGUUUUCCUAGGACCUAAAGGACAGAAGGAAGAAGCUAUAACGAAGAAACCGAAUAAAGAUAAGAACUUUAUAGAAUUAGAGAAAGUAUAUUAUGAUAAUAAUCAUAAAGUUGAAAAGGGGAAUACGUACCAGGUUUAUGAGAUUAGUGCCGACAAAACGCCAUUUAUUAGAGACGAACAGUCUAUGGUAGAGCAACCAUAUUACGUUCCAAUAUACAACUACUCACCAAACAAUGCCUACUUUAACCCACAAAACCGUUUGGGCCCAAAUCCAGGAGAUACCAGCGUAGAAAAACGAGAUAUUGAAGCCAAUGACGAAGCUGAAGACGUACCACAAUUAAGAUCCAAACCAGAAAAAUCUGACGAAUCUGAUGAAAAUAUUGAUAAAGAAACCACAAUUAAUAACAAACUGCCUAUUGAUAUGGAAUAUAACGAAUCAGAUUUCGAUGAUCAAAGAAAGAAAUUUGGCAGUAAACAAAGAGACAUACAUAGCAUUCACAAACAGCCGAUAUUAAAUUACAAUAGUAAAAAACCUGGUCAAUUUAACCCUGAAGAUUAUGCAGAUGCUGAAUAUUAUUUUGGUAGACUAAGAAAUAAUAAACGAAGGGCUUAUAAAAAUGACGGCAACUCCUUUCCGAAUUCGAAUGAAAAUGACCAUCCGGCUCACAGCAUUCAAGAAGGCAGUCUCAAAGAUCACGUUAGAGCAGUCAGAAAUAUACUGUUCCAUAAAAAAUCUUUCGGCCUUCUCGACAAAGACAAAUAUGGCCACGAAGGGCAUGGAGAACGUUCAAAUAUCUAUAAAAGAGGAUUGAGACAGAUCGAUGUAGGUAAAUAUAAGAAAAAACCUCAGGCAUUAAGAUAUGGUGUUCCUGUGUCCGACAACCCCGGUCAAAAUGAUCCUGUCAAAAAUAAGAAACAACAGACGCAGCACGUACCUAAAAAACAAAAGGAACAUAAAAGUGAGGAAGAACAAACUAUACUGGGAACUGAAAAUAAAAACAAUGACAUUGUAAUAAACGAUGAACAUAUUAAAAAGGUAGGGUAUUUAAAGAGUAAUAACGGUACACAGGAACUAUACGUAAUGGAUAAUUACUUCAAGGAAAAUGUUCAGAAGUAUAUUGAGAAUCAAAGACAGAAUUACAACGAUCAACUGAAACCAGCUACUCCACUACCUCCUUUCCCCCCUCCGCAACUACCUCCACAGUCACAGAGUGAAUAUGCACACUUCUCUAAUCCGUUUCCAAAUACACAAAAUGAAACCAAAGUACAGAGUUUCGCAGAACACAAUUUUGGAGAUACACAUACUUUUGCGAAUACACAAAAUAGUUUCGGUAAUGUACACAGUUUCUCUGCACACAAUAGCGCUGACAAACAACAGCUUUUGAAUGGAGGAGAAACAUCAAUCUGGAAUGGACAAGAGAAAGGGAAACAUACUGUAAUUACCAAACAUGGAGAAGAUAUUGCAGUAGAAACCCAAGAACCUUUACCUGAAAUUGUAAUCCCUGAAGAUAUUAAACCUCACCGUAACAUAGAUCCACUAGAUAAUCAACAAGAAAUUAAAUCAGCAUUACUUAAAGAAUUGCCUGAAGGUGAUAACUUAAGAGAGAAUUUAAAUAUGAACCUAAACAAUAGAAGAAAAGAUGGAGUAAAGUUAGGUGUUUAUCUACAUGUGCUGAAGGAUAUGGUCAAUACGGAUAAUAAUGCAUUAAAACAAUAUGACUGGUUAGGUUCCACUGUUGAUAUACAAUCGGCGUUGCGGAAAAUAUUUGAGUUAACCGGGUUAGUAGCAGCGAGACGCAAAGUCCACCCAGCAGACUUGGAAAUCCUAAAAUACGUCAUAUUCCUGCACAAACUAGCAACAGAAAUAAUUCAAGCAAAUGAUUUUGGGGCGGAGCUGGGAAAGAAGCUAGCAUUAAAUCAAAAUAGUCAGAAAGUCCUAAAGGAAAAGGGUUUAAUAAACAAAGUCUGGUUGCAUCUACGGAAGAAGGUCCCUGAUGUGUAUGAUAUAGGAGCUAUGAGGAAGCUGAACAAGUUCUUGAUGAGCAUUGAAGAUGAUUUGUAUGAGCUACACGAUGCAGUGAAAAACGUAGCGAAAAUAACGAAAUACAAGAACCAACAUUGGUACGACAAUCUAAAAGACCUUUAUAUAAACACAGAAGAUAAAAAUCUUAUAGAAUUACUUCUCCAUAUGAGUGUAUUAAGACUAUUUGUACUGAUCGAAGAAGGGACUAAAUACGGCCUAGAAGAUAACUAUAUACUGUAUAUGAAGAAGCAUAAGAAAGAAGCAAAAAGAACGUUAGACGAAAUGAUAUUUGUUAUGCAAAUUUUGGAUGAAUAUAAUAAAUUAGCACGAUAACAUAAUAGCAGAUGUUUCAAUCCUCCAAGCAGGUUACUAUAGCCGCUCGAAGCAGGGGUAGGAACGGGGUGGUGUAUAGUAAGAGUCUGAC